AUGUCUCAACAUACCUUUGUGUCACAACGAAAUGAUGUCUUAGAAAAAGAUAUUCGAAAUUUACAAUUGAAUUUCAAUGAAAUCUUAACAUCUGGUCAACAUUAUUCAACACAGGAUAUAACAAACAACAUCAAACUAAUUACAAAUGCGUUGGAUAACAUUAAACUUGAUCACGAGUUCCAGCGGGGAUCGAAGAAUUGGGCGAAACAAUUCGAUGCUAAUGAAAUGAAAAUGAAUGAAUUGAAUGUGAAACAAGUCAUCGCACAAGGACAUGAUCUUAGUCAUGAUCUUCAAACUUGUCUUCAUGCAACAUCCAUUCAAAAUAAAGAAGAAAAUCAAAUGCGAGAACUGCAUAGUUGGGCAUGCGAUGCAUUAACGGAUUAUCUUCAAGUUCUUCAACCAUUUGCGUCAAGUUCAUAUGGUCGAUUAGAUAAUAUUGCUCAUCAUCUUGGAGUAACCGAUCGUUACAUGGGUUAUCGACAUAAUUUAACUCGAGGUAGCGGACAACCGUUGAAUGUUCAUACAAUAUGGGCAGAUCGGAAACUACCUCGUGCAGUUACAGCUGUUCAACAACAAUCGACACCUGAUUGGAAGAAUUGGGUUCAUGCUUAUCGACACUACGGUCCAUCAGCUACAACAGCUGGCUCAGCAUCAUCGACUCGACAAUUUUCAACUAACAAUCCCAAUCUUCUUGGAUAUUUGCGACGCGCACAGACUGCAGACAUGAAACGUCCUAGCACAACACCGAACUUUGCUUCUCGACCAACAGUUUAUGAAAGUUAUCAAGAUGGUGAAGUUCGUAAAGCUGGUAUCAAUUUAACUUUCCCAGGUAAAACAGAAUUUAUGGAUCGAUACAAAAAACCUGAACCGUUAUCAUGUUCACCGUUUACAAUCAAUCCUCAACCUGAUUUUACUUUACCUGGUCGACCAUUAGUACGUGUUAUACCCGACACGUUCAAUACGGAAUAUACACGCAGUUACGUUUUUCCUGAUUCGUCGAAACUCGAGAGAUUUCCAUGGCUUCGUUCAUAG